AUGGCACCUCAGAUUCUCGUCGUCCUGACUAGCGCUGACAAGAUUGUCAAGCUUGACAAGCCCACUGGCUGGUACCUGCCUGAGCUUGCCCACCCGUACGAUGUCCUCUCCCCCAAGGCCGAGCUCGUCUUCGCCUCCCCGCACGGCGGCAAGGCCCCGCUGGACCCGGGCUCCGUCGAGGCCUUCAAGAGCGACGCCUCCUCGCAGAACUUCCUCAAGAACAACCACCUGUGGGAGCACACGGAGCUCCUCAAGGACCUGAACGGACGCUCCUUCGAGUUCGCCGGCCUCUUCUUCCCCGGCGGCCACGGCCCCAUGUACGACCUCGUCGACGACAAGCACUCGAUCGCGCUCAUCGAGGAGUUUGUGCAGGCCGGCAAGCCCGUCGCGGCCGUCUGCCACGGGCCGAUCGUCUUCGCCAACGCGCACGGCGCCGACGGCAAGCCGCUCCUCCAGGGCCGCGAGGUGACCGGCUUCACCAACGAGGAAGAAAAGGAGGUCGGGCUCGCAGAGGCGAUGCCGUUCCUGCUGGAGGACCGGCUCAAGGCGGUCGGCGCCAAGUGGAAUCAGGCGGACAAGGCGUGGGGCGAGAAGGUGGUGGUAGACGGGCAGAUCAUCACGGGCCAGAACCCGGCCUCCGCUAAGGGUGUUGGUCUCGCUCUUGCUAAGGCGAUUGGUAUCUAA